GCUAGCUGAGCUGUGCUGACCUGUGCUUAGAUGAGACACUGCAGAAGAUUGAAGAAACACUAGACUGGUGUACCUUUUAGUGCACCCACACAGAUCCCUGGAUAGAUUCAGACAAUGGAAUAGGGGAACUGAUAGACAAACAGACCUCCUCUGGACUCACGAGCAGGCUCCGAGCACUAUCACAAACACAAGGUUUCUAUUCUCCUUAAAACAACCUGUUGGACGGAGUCUUUAUCUCUUGUGUUCAUUUUGUAAUGGACAAUUUUGGGAUGUUUAGUCUGGUUUGUUUGAGACAGUGGUUUGUCUCCACCCUUUUGGUUCUCCUCUCCAGUACUGCUGUGAUGGCGGAGGGUGACUGUCCUGCCCAGUGCUCCUGUGGCCCCUCCCCCCCGUCGUGCCCGGCGGGCAUUAGCUGGGUGACAGACGCGUGUGGUUGCUGCAAGGUGUGUGCCAGGCAGUUGAAUCAGGACUGUGGCCCCAGGCAGCCUUGUGACCACAUCAAGGGCCUACACUGCCACCUGGGGGCCGGGGGAGACCCGGAGAGAGGCCUGUGUCAAGCGGAGGCCCAGGGCCGACCCUGUGAGUUCAGCGGACGUGUCUACCAGCACGGGGAGGACUUCCGGCCCAGCUGCCAGUACCAGUGCAGCUGCAUGGACGGGGUCGUGGGCUGCAUGCCCCUCUGCCCCCACCAGGUGCACUUGCCCGACUGGCGCUGUUCACAGCCAAGGCUGGCACGGGCCCCUGGCCGCUGCUGUGACCAGUGGGUCUGCGACGACGACAACCACAUCGGCGAGAACCCAGAGGAGCCUCCGCGGGCAGUGCUAACCGACGCGCAGCCCCUCCCGAACCGCAUCGACAACCGGCUCCAGCCGCAGCCACGCGCUCCGCCGAGCGACGGCGUCUCUUUCAGAGAGGGGGUUUCUCUCCCCGAGUCCCAGGUGUUGCUCAGCUCUAGAUGCGUCCCUCAGACCACCCAUUGGACGGAAUGUUCCACCACCUGUGGGAUGGGCAUCUCAAGCCUCAUCAGCAAUGACAAUGCAGAGUGCAGGCUGCUCAGAAAGACGCGACUGUGUCAGGUCCGUCAGUGUGAGCCUCCACUUGCCCCGACAAUCAAGAAGGGAAAAAAGUGCCAGCGUACAGUGCGCCCAGGGAAGCCAAUCAGGAUCAACUUCGCCGGUUGCUCCACAACCCAGCGCUAUCGUCCUCGCGCCUGCGGCUCCUGUGCCGACGGGCGAUGUUGCGUCCCCUCGUUGUCCCGCACGCUCCGCCUGCAUUUCUACUGUCCCGACGGAGAGAGUUUCACGCGCAACGUUAUGUGGAUCCAGCGCUGUAGCUGCAAGAAGAGCUGCCGUGAUUACAACUCCUCUUUAUGGCCCCCUGUCAGCCUGCACUUGGACAUGCACACCUUUAAUCACUGAGGCAGACUCAGCAGGAUGCCCCAACCCCUUCCUCAACACACUGGACACGGCUAGGGGGAGGUUGACUUCUCUCCUUCAUCCACCCGCAUUAUGGCCAGGAACAGUCCUGCCAUUCCGGCCCUUCCUGGACAGCAGUGUGGCUGGCAGGUUCUCCUUUCCACAUGGACGAAAUACUACAGAGUGUUAUGGUAUAACUGCUGUUAAAUUCACUGUAGCGUCUUUUUGCAGCCUCUAAACCCUCAAUAACUAAUUGAGUUAUAUAAUAUUUACUGUAGUAAACUGUACUGUAGUGUAUUUGCAGACUGUAGUAUAUUGUUGUUAUUUCAUGUAAUGUGUUUUUUAUUGGUAAUAUAUGACAAAGUGGACUCUUUCUUCUCAAGAAAACUCCUGGAGAAAUACUAAAAUAGCUAAUUUCCAUUACCUGUUGGUUUGUAGAACUGGGGUUUUGAAGGAUUGUUCAUAGCUGCUCUUCUCUUUUAACAGUAUAUGGUUUAUACUUGGUUUCUCACUUAUUGUUGCAAAUAUUGUGAAAGGGGAGUUCGUAAGUACUUUAGUAUUAUAGAUUGUUGUGUUUUGGUGGAAACGCUGUAUUAAAUAACGAAAUGAUUGAGGGAUAUUACAGUGCAUAAUGUAGUUAUCUACAGUACACUACUGUUUACUGCAGAAUUCCAUAGUAAGUACUGUAGUAUUCCUAUUAUUAUAAUAGCAUACUGGUAUUUUUUCACGUGUUUUUGCAUCAGCCUACUGGAACAAGAGACCCUUGCAAGGCAGAACUAUUGCUUGCACUUUAACCUUCCUGGCAAGUCGUGCCCCUCCCCCUCCCCUUUUCAUCCUACAUGAGAUAUGUAGCUGAUGAUCCAGUCUGUCCGGGUGGAUGGAAGAACGACCCUGAGUACCACUGCCUAUGGACGGCCUCACGUCACUUCAUGUCACGUUGGACUUGUGGGCAACCUUUCUAUUUUCGGUUGUCCGCUUUCCCCCCUUCAUUAUUUAUUUGUUUGUUUUGUUAAAGUUCCUUUAUAACCGCAGAGGAAAAUAUUGUAAGGUGUGUUUUUGGUAUGUAUAUAAUGUACAUUUCUGUCCGAAAUGUAUAAAUUACUGAGGCCAGUGAAUGUGUAAAGAGGAGUGAUGACCAUAGACAAUCUCCAGAGAUUGAUGAAAUGUUUUGUCCGAUACAUUGAUGGUAGAACGGGGACAAGUUAUCAUUACAGAUUCGUCAGUGACUGUAAUUUUACUUUACAUUGUGUGUGAAGUUCAGUGUUUUAAGUGUGUUUGAGAGAAUGGAAGAGUGAGAAUCAGGGUGUUUACAUGUGUACAUGUCAUAUUACAGAGUCUAGCCUAAUGUACAGACUUCACUCUAAGUGGAGCGACCGUUUAUGGAGAUCACCACAUUUUUCGGGGUGUGUUUUAUUUCUUCAUAGUACAGAGACUUUCUUUUAUGAAGGGAAGAUUUUAUUUUCUGUAUUUAAGAUUUCAAAUUUUUUUUGUGCUUGUUGAUAACUACAUCAAAUAAAAACAU